CACGCCCCGCGGCGCCGGGCGCACUACAGCUCCCGGCAUGCCCCGCUCUUCCUGGUUACCGGCGCGUGCCGCCGCCCGGGAGCCGCGUCCCUGGGAGCGGGGCCGGGGCGGCGAUGGAGGCGGGCGGCUGGGCCGCGGCCUACGCGCGGCUGUGUCGGGAGGGCGGCGCGGAGCCGCAGCAGAGCGUGGUGCAGCAGCUGCGCGCGCGGGCGGGCGCCGGCCUGGACCUGGCGGCGCGGAGCCUGUCGCGGGACACGUGCGGCGCCCUGGGCCGGCUGCUGCGCGACGCCGCGCCCUUCCCCGCGCUGGCGCUGGCCGACUGCAUGCUGGGCGACGACGGUGCCAAGCUUUUGCUGCACGGACUUUGCUCUAACACCACCGUAAAAUCCUUGGACUUGAAGGGGAACAACCUGCAAGCCGUGGGUGCCGAGGCCUUGGGGAAACUCCUCCAGCAGAACAAAUCCAUCCAGAGCCUGGUCCUGGAGUGGAACAGCCUGGGCGUGUGGGAGGAAGGCUUCUCACUCUUCUGCCAGGGGCUGAGCGCCAACCGCUCCCUGCAGCGCCUGGACCUGCGCAACAACCAGAUCAACCACGAGGGAGCAGGGGAGCUGGCUGCUGCGCUGAAGGGCAACUCCAGCCUGCAGGAGCUGGAUCUGCGCUGGAACAACGUGGGACUCCUGGGGGGCCGAGCGCUGCUGAACUGCCUGCACAGCAACAGGACCCUGCGGCGCCUCGAGCUGGCAGGAAACAACGUCCCCAGCGACAUCCUGAAGGCCGUGGAGCAAGCCAUGGACCACAACCAGGACCGCCAGAGCAUCCUCGCUGAGAACCAGAGCCGGACCCAUGUGCUCAGCAAGGAGGUCCUGAGCCUGAAGGAGGAGAAGGCCAAGCAGUUUCUGAAUUUGAUGGACACCAUAGACAGACAGAGAGAAGAAAUAACCAGGAGCAGCAGGCAGUCAUCAGCGCGGGUUGGGCAGCUCCAGGAGGCCCUGGCAGAGCGGCACUCCAUCGUAAAUUCACUGAAGGCCAAGUUGCAGAUGGCAGAAGCUGCCUUGGCACUGUCCGAGCAGAAGGUGCAUGACCUGGGGGAGCUGCUGAGCACUGCCAAGCAGGAACAGGCCACCAUGGCCGAGCGCCAGGCAAAGGAUCUCCAGCAGCAGAAGCAGGAAGCUGCUGAUCGGGAAAUGAAGCUUCUCCGGGACCUGUCUGCUGCCAAUGAGAAGAACCUGCUUCUGAGGAACCAGGUGGAUGAGCUGGAGCGGCGGGGCAAGGCCCAGCAGGACCAGCUCUUCCAGCUGAAGCAGGACUUGACCACUACAGUAGCAGAUCUGAGGCUGCGGGCUGUGCAGGCCGAGGAACGCCUGGACAUGGAGAAGAGGAGGUUCAAGCAGGGCCUUGAUGAUGUGGAGUCCCUUCGGCAGAAGGAGGUGGACCACAUGACGCAGCACAUGGAGGCGAGCGAGCGCUCCAUGCAGGAGCGCAUGCAGCGGCUGGAGGCUGUCCGCAUUGGGCUGGAAGAGACAGGAGCUGAGUCGGGUCAAAGCUGCAGCGCUUGUGGAACGAGGCCAGGCGGAGGAGGAGUUAAUCAGAGCCCGGAGCCAGGCCAGGCUGGAGGAGCAACAGCGGCUGGAGCACCUGGAGGAGAAGCUACGGCUGAUGAUGCAGUCACGCGAGGAGGCCCAGGGCCGCUGCUUGCAGCAGAAGCAGGCAGUCGGGGAGGCGCAGGCCAGGGCCAGCCAGCUGAGCCUGCAGGUGGAGAGUCUUCAGCGGCGGGUGGAGGAGCUGCAGCAGGACCUGAGCAGCAAGGAGCAGGAGAAGGUGGCAGAGGUGAACAGGGUACGCGUGGAGCUGCAGGAGCAGGUUGGGCGCCUGCAGGCCGAGCAGACAGCUCAGGAAGGGCUGCGGGAGAAAAUUGCAGCCCUGGAGCGGCAGAUGAAAGUGCUGUCCAGCAACCACCGCGAGGCCCUGCUGGACAAGGAGGGGGAGAUGGCCGCUCUCCUGGAGAGGCUACGGACCAAGGAAGCAGAGAUCUCCCGGAUGAGGGAGGAGGAGGCACAGCGCGCCAGCUUCCUUCAGAACGCCAUUCUGGCCUACGUGCAGGGGUCCCCGCUGGGCACCCUCAGCCCCAGGAAGUGACCAGGCCAAGGCACCUGAGCCUGCGGCGCUGCUAUCGGACGGGGUGAUGAGCACCCCCCAUCCCGAGGGGGCUGACUCCUCUAGGGCACAAGAGGUGACCCUGGCUCCCCUCAGCCAUGCCCAAAUUCUGCUGCUGGCCUGAGUGCUGCCCCCUUUGCCCCCCACUGGAGCUGGCUGGACCUUCAGCACGAUGAAUGGUGCCACUUCCCCUGGAUGUGCUGCACUGCCCCAGGCCAGGGCGUUGCACAGAAAGGCUUGGCCCUGUGCUCCCUGGGCUGCCCCCCCACGGGUGCAGGGCUGGGCGCAGGCCCCAAGGGCAGGGGCGGCAGGUGCCAGUCACGGGGAACCGGGACCCCUGGCCCCUGCUCCGGGCGACAUGGAGGGUUGUGCUGCCCCUUCCCAAUGACAAGCUGUAGGGAACGAAGUGCCAACGUGGACAUGUCUUGUGCCUUGAGCUGGGUGCCCAGCCCCGUGCCAUGGAGCCGGAGGAUGCUGGCUUCUUGCAGGCCGGUGCCAGGGCGGAAGGGAGAGUCUUGCCUCCCUCUGGCAGUGGGACUUGGGGGAGGGCUGGGCAGCGCUCCGAGCACCCCGCACGCUGGCUCCCAGCCCAGGCUGCAGGUGCGGGGUGGAGGUGAGCGGGUUUGUGCAAAUGCACGGUGUGAGGCAGUUGUGAACAAAGCAUCUGUCCCUACACCCGGGUCGGGUCGGGUCGGGUGGCGUGGGGCUGGAGGCUUGUGCUACAGGCUGGGCUUUGAAAUAAAGAGCUUUUGCAGCGUG